GGCAACGCGGCGGGGUUCGCGGGGAGGGAUGCUGGCGGGGUCCCGCCGUUGCGAGUUGUGCGGGGCGGCGGCGCGGCUCCGAUGCGGGCGCUGCCGCCUCACGUUCUACUGUGAUGUAGAUCAUCAAAAAGCUGACUGGGUUAGCAUCCACAAGAAGAUAUGCCAGCUGCUGAUUCCAAUCCGCACAUCCCUCCCUUUUCUCCUUUCUGAAAAAGAAAGAAAACAUGGCAUGGAACAGCUGGUGAAGAGGCAGAAAUACAUCAUCGAUCUCGCGUACGGCACAGCCCAGGAGUUUGUUUUGGAUGGAAAGCAUAAAGAAGCGAUUCCUGCAGCUUUGCAUGCCCUGCAUUUCAGUACUGAAGUGUACGGCUCAAAUUCUGUGCAAUUGGUGCCUGCUUAUCUCCUCUUGGCCGAGGCCUCCACUGGUGUUGGCCAUCUUCCGCAGGCAUCCAAGUAUCUCUCCCAAGCCGAGUGGAUUGUCCUCAGAACUCCAGACUGCAGCAUUGAUAUUCAGUAUCAAUUACAUCGUGGUCUGGGACUCUUCUGUGCUGCUGAAGAAAACUUUGAACAGGCUUUAUAUCACCUGGCAAAUGAUAUUUACCUCGCUAGUUCCACAUUUGGACUAAAAUCUAUUGAGACCUCUGGAGGGUAUUUCCACAUGGCUAAUAUUUUCUUUCACCAGAACAAGAUGGACAUAGCAAACUCACUCUAUGCUAAGGUAACCGACAUCUGGCAUGCCUUUCUCCUGAAGUCACUUCAAGCGCAGGAGCAAAUUCUCAAGUCACAACCGGAAAUGUCUCCGUUCACUGAGGACAAGAAAGUCAGUGAAGACCGUAUGACUGAAGCCCAGCAAUCAGAAGGAAUCCGAGUGCUGAAUGCAGUACUGCAUAUCAGAGAACAGGCACCAAAGCCACAACCUGGGGAAACUGCUAGAGUUUUGCACGCUCUUGCCAUGCUUUAUUACCUGACCAUGGAUUUACCAAAGGUGAGUUUUGUCCGGUGCCUAACUCUGUUUCGGUGCUCACCCCAGCCUGGGAAGCCAGUAGUCUGCGUUCACCUGGCACCUUCCCGAGUCGACAACAGCCUUGGAGCGCUGGAUGACCGAGGACGGAGCUGCCAGCUCGCGAUCCAUGCUCUGCCAAGGCUGAUAAAUCCCACUGGAUCUGUUUUGGUCUCUGCCAGACCAUCCACAGUAGUUAUCCACGAUUUCUGGGUUUGUCCUUUAUCUGGGACGUCCUGGGCCCGUAGCUGCCUGUCACAAGCUGCAUUUAGACUUCAGGUCAGGCGUUAUGCAGCGAGCAAGACGUGGGCCAGGCACAUGUCUCUCCAUGAGCCAGACUCCUUGUAAUUACCAUGAUGUCGAUGUAGGUUCACUCUUGGCCCCUGUAAUUCAGUUUUGAAUUUUCACUUCUGUAUUUUUAUGGCUCAGAAUUUCAGAUAUAACUGUUAACUUCAGCGUGCCAAGUUCUCUGCCCUAGAAAUCAUUGACUUUGAGGAAGUGCUGAACAGUAACCAUCUGGAAAUCAGGCCUCUCUGUUCAGGCUAAGCACUCAAAAAGCCCAAAUUUCUUCUGCCUGUGUUUUGGAGGGUGAAAAUACAGAUUACUAAUGGUCUUUUCAUUGUGUCAGAGAAAGCCAUAAUGAUGUGAGUCUGUGGAAGACACAAAGAAACAAAUCCAAAUGAGAAAAAAGGCAAAGCUUUAUAAUUGUGAGAAUGUCUAAUCCCUGGAAGAGCUACCAAGGGAAAUGAGGGAUUUAGUCCAGACAGAGUCGAUACAGCUGGGUUUUUUUCCUGAAAUAGCUUUGGGAAUGUUCGGAUGAGCUGCUCUACUAGAUGGGAGGUAACAAUCUCCAGUGCGGGGGGCUGGGGUUCAUAAUCUCUUCUGUCUGCACCACUGGAUCCGAAAUACGGUAUCUGCUGGCAGCUUUCCUCCUCAUACAGGUCACCCGCUGAGUGGCCAGAGCCUGGAUCUGCCCCAGCGCAGCUACUCCAGUGAGCCUCUGCGGGUAUUUUAACUAUCCUUGAGAAAAGCCCCAUUCCUGACAAUUACUUUGUCUUUUCUCUUUCGUUCCAGGCUGGAGAGCUGGGGGUGAGAGCCUUCGGCCUGGUGCAACAGCUGCCCCAACAAGAGUCUCGAGAAACCAUUGGUCGUUUGCUGGAGUUGAUUAACUCCAAGCUCUCCUCCACGAGGUUUUCUGUUUAACUAAGGCAGCUGAAAACAGAAAGCAUUACAAGCCUCAGGUCCUUUCUGCUGCUGCCAUCUUCCCAGAUGUGUCCCUUCCUGUCUCAAAAGUGUUUGAAAAUUAAACAUUUUGAUACC